AUGACAAACAUUAUAUUCGGUUUUCCUAGCUCGGAUUGUUACUUCCUGAAUGACAAGUCGGUCGACAAGAUGGACAAUACCAUGUUCCUGUUAAUUUCUUAUGUUUUAUGGACAUCACAACAUUCAGAGGCUGUCUCCAACUGCUGCAAUGUAACCGGGAUACCUGCAGUCAAUCAUGUCACGUGUUCAGGAUGUCUUCUACAGGCUGUGCCCCGUGAUUUGCCAAUUAACACAACCGUGUUGAAUUUGCAGAACAACAGUCUUACAAGCUUACACCGGGAUUCAUUUCUACAUCUACCUCAAUUACAGACAUUGAAUCUUCAGUUCAACGGAAUAGUGAAUAUUUCAGCCGGAGUAUUUGACAACCUAUGGAGAAUAGAAUACCUUGAUCUUUCAGGAAACAACCUCGACCACCUCUCAAUUAAUCCGACCGUUUUUGACUCAUUAAAAACACUAAACACAUUAAAAAUUCACCAAAACAACUUUCAUUUGAAGAAAGUAUAUCCUGAAUACACAAUAUCAACUCUUUAUAAUCUGGAAAAUCUUUCCAUCGACAUUUUUGAAGGAUUUAAUUUCGGAAAUGGGUUUUUGAAUUUAACACAGCUUCAAAAUUUAAAACUCUUUGGAAGAGGAAGCGUUUUAUUUCUGAAUUCAUCAUUUAGUGGCUCAACAGAGUUUGUCUUUUUGCCAAAACAUCUAAUUUAUUUCAACAUGUCACAUAGUAGCAUGUCUGGACCAAUCGAUAACUUCACAAUUGUUAAAGGUAAUAAUAUUCAAGUUUUGGAUAUAAGUUACUCAAGAGGAAAACCAUCAUGCUCCCAUGGAGCUAUAAAAGGUAUGACACAUUUGAAGGAGUUCGAUAUGUCUGGUAUCGAUUGUUCACAACCAAAUCCGAAUAUGUUCGCUGAUAUUCGAAAUCUAGCAAAAUUAACUGCACGUCAAUGUAAUCUCCAGCCUAUAUUCAAAUCGAACAGAAUUUCAUUAUUGAAAGGACUAGAUAAUCUUUCCUUCAUUGAUGUAUCGUCAAAUGAUCUUGAUAGUUUAGAUAUUCGUGUGUUUUCAGAUCAGAAGAAAUCUCUUAAGACUUUGAUUCUUUCAGGGAAUCGUUUGGAUAGCCUCCCCUAUCACCUAUUGAAAUAUUUUACUCACUUAGAAACUAUUGAUUUAAGCAGUAAUCUGAUAUCGAUAUUCAAAAGUCGAGAAUAUUCUCUUCUUGAUGAAUUAAAAUCCAAAUCAGAAAAUUUCAAAAUCAUAUUAACAGGAAAUCCUUUAUUGUGCAGUUGUAGUCAUUUGGAUUUUAUUUCCUGGUUACAAACUACGCAGUGCGUGCCUGACAAGAAUGAACUAAGCUGCUUGACAUCAGAAGGUACUCAAAUGAAAAUUGGUAAAUUCCUAGAAUCGGUUGAUGAAUUCAAAGACAGUUGCGUCUCUCAAUUUUGGCUUGUCAUUUCAAUUUGUCUAACAUUGCUUUUCUUUGUGUUGGGAGUUCUGACUAGAGAGGUAUGGAGACGAAGCGUACUAUUACGAGUAAAGUGCCGGCAUCCAUUAGUACAGCAAAUAUAUCUGAAUGAUGUGUACAUUUCAUAUUGUAAAGAAGAUACUCGCUGGACUGCAAAAACACUUGUACCAUGGUUACAUGAGAACGGAAUUCAAUAUUGUAUCGACGAAAAAAGUUUUCAACCUGGCCGCGACAUAGCAGAUAAUAUAAUGGAUGCUAUAGACAGCUCUUAUCAAACUGUUUUUGUGAUCAGCUAUGCUUUCCUUGAAAAAGAAUGGACAACAUUUACGUUAAAAUUGGCUAGUUUUUAUUCAUUUCGGGAAGGUCGGGAAAACAUGAAUGUGAUUAUUUUGUUAAAUGAUAUUAAAAAGAGUGAAUUUCCAAAGCUCGUGCAAAACUGGGAUAUAAUUCGUCCUUUGCUCUGGCCAAAUGGAAACACUGCAAAUCAAGGGAAGUUUACUGCAGAGAAAAAUGUGUUUAUGAAACGAUUGUAUAAACGUAUUCAACAAGGAAAUGAUCGACUUUUAUUUACACCUGUUUACGAGUGUGUACUGUAA